CCAGUGAAAUCCAAGCUCAUAAACAAGGCAAUUCAGGAUAUUGGAAUGGGGACGUACAACUGGCAGCUGUUUGUCCUUUGCGGCUUCGGAUGGUUCGCUGAUAAUCUAUGGAUGCAAGGCAUAUCUCUCACUCUCCCAUCCCUCUCGGCCGAGUUUGGCAUCUCCGAGAAAUCAGUCCGCUACACAACCUCUUCGCUUUUUGUUGGCCUGUGUUUAGGGAGCUUCUUUUGGGGCAUCGGGUCUGACGUCCUCGGCCGACGGAUCGCCUUCAACGUUACGCUGCUCCUCACCAGCAUCUUCGGCAUGGCCUCUGCCGCGGCGUCCAGUUGGGGUGCUGUAUGCUUGAUGUACGCUGCAUUAGGCUUCGGCGUCGGUGGUAACCUGCCGGUCGACGGUGCACUCUUCCUCGAGUUCCUGCCCGACGCCUCCAGCUCCCUCUUAACGCUGCUUUCCAUCUGGUGGCCCGUAGGACAGCUGUGCUCGUCCCUCUUUGCUUGGUUCUUUAUCGCCAACUGGCCCGCGGACCAAGGGUGGCGGUACUUUGUUAUGUCGAUCGGCAUCAUCACGUUCGCCAUGUUUGCUGUCCGCUUCUUCCUCUUUCACAUGUUCGAAUCACCGAAAUUCCUACUAUCGAGGGGCCGACAAGCCGAGGCGGUAGCCGUCGUCCACGGCAUAGCGUUCAGGAACAACAGGAAGACAUGGCUGACAGAGGAGAUCCUCGACGCUGUCGCCGAUGGCCCGACGCCACCGCACAGGCGACGACUGGCAACCACCAACAUCGUCAAGGACAGACUCGCCUCCUUUUCAGCCGAGCGCAUUUUGCCCCUCUUUAGCAACCACCAGCUCGGUCUCACGACAUCUCUCAUCUGGUUUUGCUGGGCAACGAUCGGUAUGGGUUAUCCCCUUUUCAAUGCCUUUCUCCCCCAGUAUCUGUCGCACGGCGGCGAUACAAGUGCCAGCACUGUCGCGUCGGAAAUUACGGGAGAGGCGUAUCGGAACUUUGCCAUCACCAGCAUCGUCGGCGUGCCGGGAAGUCUCUUAGCGGCGUACGCGGUUGACAUGAAGUCCCCGUGGCUGGGGCGGCGGGGCACGCUGGCAAUCUCGACGCUCGUGUCGGCCGUAUUCCUCUUCCUGUUUGUAACCAUGGGCAAGUCACCGUCGUCGCAGCUGGCCUUCUCAUGUGUCGAAGCCUUUGCGCAAAACAUCAUGUACGGCGUCCUGUACGCCUUCACGCCGGAGAUUUUCCCCGCUCCAGUCCGUGGUGCGGGCACCGGGGUUGCCAGCUUCCUGAACCGGGCCACGGGUCUGCUGGCGCCCAUAAUCGCUGCGACGGUGCCGGGAGACGGCACAACCACCCCGGUUUAUCUAUCGGCGGCGCUGAUCCUCGCUGCGUUUGUGGCCAUGUGUCUAAUUCCGAUUGAGACGCGGGGGAGGCAGAGGCUGUAGGUGAAACCUAUUUGGCUGUACGCUGCUCGUCAGACUUAUUAUAAAGGGCGUUUGGAGUCUUGGAUAUGUCAUAAAAACAGAGGGGUCGUG